ACGUGUGGCCGAUAUAAGUAGUCUGUUUCCUGUAAACACUCACACCUAGUACCAGCACGGUGACGAGGAGUGAAGAUGUGGCAUCCACUACUGUCAGUAUGUGUCCUCACAUGUCUGUGGAGACUUAGCUCCACAUUGAUGGUAGGCUAUCAGGAACGUUCAGAAUUUAACAAAGCCAUUCGCCGGCCUCUGCUGGAACAGGUUGGGCUUGAACUGAAGGCAACCAAGUAUUCAGUUGAAAAUAAUCCUACCAUGUUCAAUGAUAUCAAUCAAUGCAAAGUUGAAAUCAGCAAGAAGUACUAUAAGUGUGCCGAGUGCCUCAGCGGCAAGUAUAAAGAAAGUAAUCCGAGUAAAGUUCUUUCAGUCAGUAAUGCUCUGAUGUCUCUUUGCUCUUACACCGACAACAAUUACGAAAUAUGUCAGCUAAUUCUAGAUCACGAACAACCGUUUUUAGAAUUUAUCAAAAGAGCAACGAAAAGGGUCCAACAAACGAUGUUUUCUGUACUUGACCCUGCUGUCGACGCUGGCCCUCUUCUUGAUGUUUUCCAAAAAUUCUUGAGUGAGCAAUGGGCUUCUUCGUCUGCUGCCGAUAUAGGAAAAGCUGUCAAUGAUGCAAAGUUAGCCCUCCAGGCACCACAACAACAAGGGCAACGAAUAAAGCGAUCGGAUAAUACAGAUUCGGAACGUGUAAGGUCGAAGAGAUGGACUAAGAUUGUUAAGUCUAUAAUGGAAGGAUUACCUCAGAUGAUGAAGGCUGGCUCCAAAAAGAAAGCCAAUCCAGACGUCAUGUCUUCUUACAUGAAGAAAUAUAUGCACAUGGGGAAAGGCUUUUCGAUGCCAAGAAUAAAGAGGUCGUCUACGAGGAAAAUGCCUGAAGGUCAUUUGAGGAUAAAGCGAUGGAUGCAAAUGGUCCAAAGCAUGAUGAAGACUAUAGCUCCAAACAGCACUACCGCUGUAAAUACCAUGCUGGGGAGUAUACAGAAACAUAUACCAUGGAGCAUGCCUGCAAGGAUGAUGGGAGCAGGGGCGAGGAACCCAAGCAAUGGCGAGUCGGAGACCCUUAAAUGUUAUAGAAAUAGGAAAUGUAAUGCGUUUAUCACAGCGUGUGCUUCCGAGUCCUGUCCGGAUCCUAGAAAAAACAUGAUACUUGACGUGUGCGGACAAAGCGUUCUACCUACGUCACAAGAUAUCACAAAUCGUUUGAAGCGCACAAAAGAUAUAUUUGAUGCCGUAAGAACUAAACAAGAUUUCAUCAAAAGCAUCACCUACAACAGCGGAUUCACGAAUAAUUACCGAGACGUCAGUAUGACCGCUGACCUACAGCCACCAAACGUCAUUAAGCUUCCUUCUUUUGGUACAAACAAUAUGCAACAAGCUGUCAAGAAUUACGCACGUGCCAUCAUGAAAGGCCUUCUUCCAACCAACCAGUCACCUGUGUAGAAGUUCAGAUGUAACGCCACUUUGGGUAUAGGUAUUACCCAGAACUGAGCACGUAAACACUCGACCGGACCGUAUAGUUGUUCUGCAUGUUUAAACAAAGUUUUGCACGAUACCCAUCUAUGAGUUCAACAAUCGAAAAACAUCAUUUAAAAGGUGUGCAUUAUAUAUAUAUAUCAAUAACACUCAUUUUGCGUCAGGUAUAAGACACACAAAGUACGGGAAAGUGUACGCUACCAACACUGGCAGACAUGACUCGAGAUUCAGACGUGUUCUGAAGUCGUGAUGACCACUAUACUUGAAAUAAAUAUGUUUUUGCAUCCGG